CUCCUUCUUGUCUCUUUGCAUCUCAAUUUCUAGGGAUUUCCAAGAACUGUAUAUAUACGGUCAUUCAAAUCAACUCAGAGUGAAUCUCGUCUGUGGCUCUCUGUAGCUGCGCCAAUUUAUCCUUUCACUUGCAAACCUGGUGUUGUAUCGCAGCACUGUACAUAGCGAACAUACACCGCCACGUCUACAUCCUAUAUAUUACUUCCCCGCGGACCGGCUCCGGCUAUUCAAAGUGCAAACGAGCCCUUGAAGAAGCUGGCUCUCUGAAACCAGUCAAAGUGAUCUCUUCGAAUUGAUCAUCAGAUAAAAUCCAAUCAGCAUUAGGCAGUCCACCAUGGCAUAUAGUCCUCACUUCAACCGGCGCAAUCUGCCCAUAUUCGCCGUCGUGAGCAUGGGCGCCUUGUACCUCGGUCUCAAAUCUCGCAGCAUCAUGCUCAAGCGGGAGAAGAAUCGGACGGAGGGCGACUACCGAGUCGAUCCACAGCGAAGCGGCGGCGGAGUCUAAGCCUUGACGACCUCCUCACUUCUCAUAUUUGAGAUCCCUGAUCUGUCCAUCUUUGCAAAAAUAUUCUUAUCAAUAUUCGUUUGUCAAGUAUAUCUGCUUCUUUCAUCUCCUUUUUUCUUUUUUUUUUCCCCCACUCAAUUUUUAUCCCUCUUUUUUAUCCUGCUUUUUUCUUUAUAUUCUUUCUUAUUCUAUCUUCUCGAAGGGAAUUUUUUUUUUACCAGAUUCAUCAUUUGCGCAGAAAUUCCUAUACGCAAAAUGGCUUCCCGUUUUGGGAAUCGGGCAGAAGAAAUUGGCAAACAAUGGCACGGAAUACGGGAAUCGGCGAGUCUGCACGAUUUUAUGCAAUCAAAUCACGAGUAAAUGACACAACGCACACAAAAUCACAAUAAUUUAAGAAGGAGGGCCAGAGAUAUGAUGGAAAUGAAAAUACAUGUGAUCAAGAAUAUCAUGUCGGACUGUCUUUCUCUUUUCCAUCCCAAACCCCCCCAUGGGGC